AUGUAUGUUAAACAUAAUCGCGGUGAGAUUCUUGUUGUUUCUCUCUAUGUGGAUGAACUUUUGAUUACAGGGAGCAGUGAAAAGCUACUUGAUGAGUUCAAGAAAGAUAUGAUGGAUGCUUUUGAAAUGUCUGAUCUUGGUCCUAUGACAUAUUUCCUUGGAAUGGAGAUUACACAACGAAAAGAUGAGUUUUUCGCAGCCAAAGAGUUUGUGAUGCAUAAAAGUAACCAUCACCUAUGGAGUCAAGUUCAGAAGAGUCAACCGGUAAAGCUUUGUGGGUAUUCUGAUAGUGAUUGGGGCCGUUCUGAGGAUGAUGCAAAGAGAACUUCAGGUUGUAAGAAACAAGAUAUUAUAGCCCAAUCUACCACGGAAGCUGAGUUUGUGGCAACUGUAGCAGCAGCCCAUCAAGCAUUAGGGAUGAAGAAAAUUCUUGUUUCUUUUCAUAUGGAAUCAACUCAAAACAUCAAAGUGUUCCUGGACAACGGAGUAGCAGUAGCUAUAUCUCACAAUCUUGUGUUUCAUGGAAGAACUAAGAACUUCAAAAUCAAGUUCAUUUUCUUGAGAGAACUUCAAAAAGAUGGAUAUAUAACCCUUGUCUACUGCAAGACAGAGGAACAAUUUGCUGAUAUAUUAACUAAUCCUUUACCAAUCAGCAAGGUUCAGUUUCUCAAAUAG